AUGGCUAUCUCGCAACUAUUGAGCCAUUUCUCCUAUGCUUAUGCAGGUCUAGUAACUGGCGUACUGAUCAUAGCAUAUCUCAAGUACAGAGCAAGAUGGGCACCAGCCGGUCUCCGGAGAGUUCCUGGCCCUCGUGGACUUCCGCUUGUUGGCAAUACGCUUCAACUGGGUCCACGACCGCAGAAGCAACUGACGAAGUGGGCAAGCGAGUAUGGAGAAGUUAUGCAAGUACAGAUUGGUUGGGAAAAUUGGGUAUUUCUAAACACACCACAAGCUGUGAAGGAGAUACUGGACAAACAAUCCGCCAUUACCUCAGGCCGCGCACCCAUGCCCGUCGGCAAUGAUCUUAUUAGUGGUGGAUAUCGCUUCUUACUCAUGACCUAUACGCCUACUUGGAGAAAGCUCAGAACAAUCGUCCACAAACUUCUUACUCCUAGUGUAUCAAACACAUUCAUGCCUUCACAGCUUUUUGAAGCUAAAAAUCUUGUGUUCGACCUAAUGACCGACAACGCGAAUGAGGAGGAUUUCUAUAUGCACGUCAGGCGUUAUACUACUUCAGUUGUCUUGACCUCUACUUACGGUCGACGGGUGCAAAAAUGGCAAAGCGAAGACGUGGAGGAGAUAUAUGGCCUCAUGAAAGAAUUCUCCGACAGCACUGCACCAGGUGCAUUUAUAGCAGAUAUGAUUCCUCCCCUUGCUAAGAUACCAACAUUUCUUCAAUGGUGGAGAGAACGGGCAUUGCGAUACCAGUACCGCCAAACCAAGAUCUGGAUGAAAUAUUGGUCCAAUCUAAUGCUUCAGAUCGAUCAGAAGCAGGCUCCAGAGUGCUUUGUAAAGCACUUUGCCGAGACUGAUUACAAGGCACAAGGGAUCAGUGAGGUGCAAGCUGCAUUCGUUGCCGGUACCAUGAUCGAGGCCGGUUCAGAAACAACUUCGUCCUCCCUGAACAGUGCGAUUCUGUACCUCGCAGCUAAUCCGGCCGUACAAGCUCGAGCACAUGUUGAGCUCGAUGAAGUUGUCGGGCUCUCAGCAUCUCCAACCUUCGAACAUGAGACUCGCCUACCUUACAUUCGAGCAAUGGUCAAAGAAAUCCUCAGAAUUCGACCAGUCACAAAUAUUGGCACCCCUCAUUAUGCAACAGCCGACGUCACAUAUAAAGACUUCUUCAUACCAAAAGGCACGGUAAUCUCUAUACACCAGUACGCCAUCCACUAUGAUACUUCUCGCUACGAGAACCCGGAGAGUUUCAGGCCAGAACGCUAUCUGAAUCAUCCUCUUAAGGCCGGGGCAUAUUCUGGGCAAUCGGACCCGUACGCCCGUGACCAUUUCGACUUUGGGGCUGGGCGUAGAAUAUGUCCUGGUAUGCAUCUAGCAGAGAAUUCCCUCUUUAUCACGCUUGCAAAAAUCUUGUGGGCUUUUCAUAUCAAGCCCCCAAUACAAGCUGAUGGAAAGCUUCAAACGAUGGACACAUCUGAUGAUGCAUAUGAAUUGGGUGCAAAUACUCUCCCUAAAAGCUUCAAAGUACGGUUCAUCCCAAGGGAUAUUACAAGGGAACAAGUCACUCGGCAGGAGUGGUCAGAUGCUCAAAAAGAUGGAUUCUUUUUGGGUCAGGUCAAGGUGAAUGUAGAUGGUGUGGCAUCGGCUUAA